AAGUUACUGGGAUACUCCUGCUCAGUAGCACAAGCAGUAGUACUACUGCUCAGUGCACACCACCCAACUCACCCACACUUUCCCCGCGGCGAUGGGUCGCACGAAGCACGCGGUGGCGGCGACGGCGACGACGACGACGACGGAGACGAAGAAGCGGCUCCGCUUCGAGCUCUCCCCGCGAUGGAGGCCGCCGCCGCCGAUGCGCCAGGUACCGCCGGAGCCGCAGCCGGAGAAGAAGAAGAAGCGGGCGUACCGGUUCCGGCCGGGCACGGUGGCGCUGCGGGAGGUCAGGAAGUACCAGAAGUCCACCGGGCCGCUCAUCCCCUUCGCGCCCUUCGUCCGCCUGGUUAAGGAGAUCACCAACGACCUCACGAAGGGCGAGCUGAACCACUGGACUCCUCAGGCGCUAUUCGCGCUGCAAGAGGCUGCAGAGUAUCACAUAGUCGAUGUAUUUGAAAAGGCAAAUCUAUGUGCCAUCCAUGCUAAGCGUGUUACCAUCAUGCAAAAGGACAUACAGCUCGCGAGGCGUAUCGGGGGGAGAAGGCUUUGGUGAUACUAAUGGAAGAUGUUUUCUGCAUCAUAGGGAUCAAAGACUGGUGAUUUGGUGGUACUAAUGGUAGAUGUUUUCUGUAUGAGGGGUGCGAUGCAAAGGCGCUGAUGGUAGUGGCCCAGUAUGUUUGCGAGUGUAUCGGUAGGAAGUAAUUUAGGUGUAUUUUCAUUUAGUUAGCAUGUCUUCGAAGUUGAUCUGGUUCAUUGCAUGGUUGGGAUCAUCUGACCUCUCUGCUUUGCUCCAUUUGAAUUGAUCUAAUUCAGACAGCGUUUCUGGGAA